UGCAUAAACAGCGCUCUUUUGUUGGAUGUUGCAUCGAGCUGCGACAUCGAGUUGCGAACCCCCCAAUAUUUUUACUAAUUUGUUAUAAAUUAAUUGUUCAUACAUUUCACAGUUAAAAACGUUUUCGCCUCCGCGUUUUUUUCAUUAUUUGCCGCUAGACAUUCAAUACAAACGGUCGCGAGAAUCGCGAUUUUAUAGCCACCGCGUGUGAGUGAGAGAGAGAGCGAGCGAACGAGCGUGUUAGCGUGCCAAGAGAAAUUCACCGGCACCCGCAGAAGCAGCAGGAGCAAAAUCAGAAAAGGAUUAGUUCGAUUUCGAUAUAAAGUUAUAUAGCCAAGGCUAAGCAAAGGCCAGGGCAAUUGCUGCCCGUCACUCCCAUACCAUACCAACAUCAAUACCAAUACCAAUAGCGUACUAAUAAUCGUCACCCAACCUCCACGAGAUCUACCACUAUCAUCCCGAUUUUGGCAAUAUGUCCAACGGCAAGGCAACUGUCUCGUUCUUCGAGAAUGGCAGCACCACACAAUUCGAAUACUGUUACAAAAUGUAUCCUCAGGUCCUUAAACUUAAGGCCGAGAAACGCUGCAAGAAGCCCCAAGAGCUAAUACGUUUAGAUCAUUGGUAUCAAAAUGAUUUACCCGGCCUGAUCAAGGCACGGGGGAAGGAUGCCCAUCUGUUAUACGAUGAAUUGGUCCAGACCAUGAAAUGGAAACAGUCGCGUGGCAAAUUUUAUCCGCAACUUUCGUAUUUGGUUAAAGUAAAUACACCGCGCGCUGUUGUCCAAGAGACGAAAAAGGCCUUCCGCAAGUUGCCCAAUCUGGAGCAGGCCAUUACAGCUUUAUCCAAUCUCAAGGGUGUCGGCACCACAAUGGCGUCUGCACUGUUGGCGGCAGCUGCCCCCCAUUUGGCACCAUUUAUGGCCGACGAAUGCCUAAUGGCCAUACCAGAGAUCGAGGGCAUCGAUUAUACCACCAAGGAGUACCUCAAUUUUGUGCAGCACAUCCAGGCCACUGUGGAACGGCUGAAUGCCGAGGUUGGCGGCGAUACGCCACAUUGGUCAUCACAUCGCGUUGAGUUGGCCUUGUGGGCGCACUAUGUGGCCAAUGAUCUAAGUCCAGAGCUAUUGGAUGACAUGCCGCCGCCUGGCACCGGUGUCAAUUCAAAUGCCGGAGCAGCAAUCAGCACAAAUGGCAGCAACAAUAAGAUCAGCGAUGGCGACGAUACCAAUGAUGGUGUAGCCGUUGAUCUAGACGACGAAAGUCUAGGAGCAGGUGGUCGCCACACUGCCGCAGAAUCGGAAACAGACAACGAGAAUACCAAUCCGGCCCCCUUGUUGCCCAAUAUUAACAAUUCGGGCGUGGCCAAAAUGAAUAACACAUCAGCAACAACUGCCGUGGGAGCUGCUCUACAGGAUGGUGACUCCAACUUUGUGUCGAAUGAUUCCACCUCACAGGAGCCAAUCAUUGAUGAUAAUGAUGGGACCACACAGACCACGGCCACUACCACAUCAACGGAAGAUGGCGAACCAACAGCCAUUGGCAUUGGUGGCAAUGAUGGCACGCCGCUGGCAUCCGAUUCGGAAAGCAAUCUCGAGGCACCACUGAAGAGCAACAAUCGCUUGCAGUCCCAGCAGACAGCCGCCGCAGCAGCGGCAGCAGUCGCCACACACAACAACAACAGCAGCAGCAAACAGCAACCGCAGGUCAUCAACAAUGGACAAGCAGCAGCAGCAGCACCGCCAGUAUCGACACCAGCAGCAGCGGCGGCGGCUUCUUUAACUACUCCUGCUCAGGCACCAAAAUCAGCAGCAGCUGCCAAUGGUAAUGGCAAUGGUGUCCUUGGCAAUGAUGUGGACGAUGACGAUGAUGACGAAGACGAUGAGGAGGACGAAGACGAUGAAGAAGAGUUGGACGAGGAGGACGAAGACAAUGACGAUGAGCUAGAGGCUGAUGAGAGCAACAGCAGCAGUGGCAUUUUGCGCGACAGCAGCAAGCUGCAGCAAUUGCAGUCAACAGCGGCAGCAGCAGCUGCUGGUGGAGAAACGGCGCCCGCCAUUGGACAGAAGCGAGCAGCCCUGCAUUGCGAUGGAGGAGCCAUCGGUGGUAGUGAUGGUAGUGUUGGUGGUGGUGGAGGCGGUGACACCAAGUCGCCGGAUCUAAAGAAACUGCGCAGCGAAUGAGUUGGAAUUGGAAUUAAAGAUCAGGCAGAAGUAUAUAUCUGGUGGAAAGACAUAUGUAUGUAGUGCAGCAGUCGACAAUGGCGUCGACGACGACGACGAU